AUGCAUCACUAUCGUGUGACAAUACUGGGCACAGAUUCUGUCAACCGCAAGAACAAUAUCAACGGGUUGUCUUACCAGCAAGAUGCCCUGACCACUUACAAUGGCUGGCAGUAUGCCGUCUUCUACGCAUCAAAGCCCCAUGCCACUGAGCCUCUCUAUCUGCAUCUGGCGCGGCGUCCUCUCGCACAGGAUGACUGGGAGGUCCUAGUCUUUCAAGACUACGAACAGGUCACCGACGAUGGCCAUAACACUGCCCAACUCGGGAUCUGCCGAGGAGACGGUUCCAUUCACCUGUCCUAUGAUCAUCAUUGUGACAAAUUGAGGUAUCGACAUUCCACUCCGCGGUUGGCCCAGACACCCGACCAGUUCGACUGGUCUGCUCGACAUUUCACCAGCACACUUGACUCUUUACCGGGCCUGGUAGCCUCACCAGACUACUUUGUUGAUGUGUCGUAUCCGCGCUUUCUCAGUGUAGGAGAUGACCUCCUCUUCACCCACCGACUUGGAAGGGCCGGCUGUGGUUCAGAUGUGCUCUAUCAGUAUUGUUCUAGGAAUGCCACGUAUUCCUUUAUUGGGCAACACCUGACUGGAGUCGACAACAACCCUUACAUCAACGGUCUUGACCACCAUAAUGGCCGUCUACACAUCACAUGGACGUAUCGAGGUUUUGUCUGGUAUGAAGGGUGGGAUGACCCUUUGGAUGUUAAACAUAAAUCACAAGCGGGUCCCAAUGGGGCAGAGAACAACUACAACCUCUGCUAUGCUUUCAGCGAUGACUUAGGCAUCACCUGGAAGAAUGGUCAUAAUGUCGUGGUUGCUGACAUCUCUCAAGGCCAAUCGGUGAUGCCAGAUAUGGCCGGUAUAGUGGCUUUUUCCAUCCCAAAGAACUCUGGGCUCAUCAACCAGGAAUCUCAGGCUGUUGACCUGGAAGGCGGCGUGCACAUGCUGAAUCGACAGACAGACUUUGGACUUCGAACCCAAUUUUAG